AUGAUAGAUGGAAUCACUCCUAAAAUAAUAUCUAAUCGUGGAUAUGCUUACAAACGUGCUUACAAGAAUGCAAUCAAAACUGCGCAAUCUAUAUUAUAUCAGAAGAUAGGUAAUACCUACAAGAUAUUUCAUGGGGAAUGGCUUAGUUUUGAGGAUUUUAAAGCAACCAAUAAUGUCGAGAGAUUAUGGGAAAAGUUCAUAGAGUAUGUCAGAGCAUAUACUGAAAAUGAUAAUCUCUUGAUAAGUAAAUGGAUAAAAAAAUCAAUAUGCUCUGAUUUUACGAAACAUCUAAAUCAUAUAACAAUCUCAGAUAAAAUUGGCCAACCCGAGACUAUGAGAAAAAAUGAGAUGAUUACUGAACAACCUACCUUAUCUCAUAUAUCGAAAACAGAUCAACUAGCACUUGAGAGUUUUCUAAAUACAUGGAACAAGGCAGUCAGCUCACUAUAA